AUCUCAGAAAACAACAUCCGGGGCCUCUGUAAAAUAAUACGCCAUAUUGUUCCACCAUCAACAAUUGUGUUAACGUUGUACAGUUUACAUUUUCAUAGAACAACAAUUAUAUUGAUGUCUUAUUUGGUGCUAAAGCCAAGCUUUUGCAUCGCAGUUUCGCUUUUUCAUAUAAUGGAUUGGCCGACUAGUAGAUCUAAAUACCUUUUGUUGACUUAAACGAUAUGCAAUUUUGUGCAGACUGUGAGUGAAGUAUGAAGUUAUCCUAAACAAACUGCCUUUUAGUAAAUGGUAGUUUGUAUUUGCUAAUACAAGAUGUUGUUUGUCAAUUCCUACUUUGUAAACUGUAACUGGAUGUUGCUGUCAUUAGUAAUUCUUCUUGGCAUCUCACCAUAUUGUUCUUCAAAAUUCCAUAAAGGAACUACCAAAUGUGAAAAAUAUGAUCGUGAGCAGUGUCUGGCAGGCACUGGUCCCUGUACACCAACAAUAGAGGAAUGUGCCAAUACUACAGCCAGCAACAAGGCUUCAGUAGAUGAUCCAUAUAACUACAUGCUUUGCUUUGCUUCAUGGCUGCCAGUCAACACUUCUGCGGAAGUAAUACCAAUUAAAAAGGGCUGCUGGAUGAAUGAUGAAAAGUGUUACAACCAAAAAGAAUGUGUUGAGUAUAAAGAUAUUGCACCGGUUUUUUUCUGUUGCUGUGAUGGUGACUUAUGUAAUGAAAAAUUUUACCAUCGACCAAUUGAAAUAACUUCAAAUAGUGACACCGGGGUACCAGGGCCUGAGAUUUUAAGACGAGCGGGAGAACAGCAGCUGAUCAGAACAGUUCUUUACUCAAUUGUACCUAUAGUAGGAUUCGUUAUAUUAGUUGUUACACUAUUCUUUAUGUGGCGCCGGCAUCAGCGUCAUAUGGGCCACACUCAGUUGCCGACUGUGGAUCCCAGUUUAGUUCCAACACCUUCUCAGUCGUCUCUUAACCUGCAGUUGCUGGAACUUAAAGCAAGGGGCCGCUACGGUUCUGUUUGGAAAGCUCAGCUACCAGAUCAAUAUGUGGCUGUCAAGAUUUUUCCUCUUCAAGACAAGCAGUCAUGGAUGGCUGAGUUGGACAUAUACAAUCUUCCACAAAUGAAGCAUGAAAAUAUCCUUCGAUUUAUUGCUUCAGAAAGGAAGGAAGAUAACUUAACUACUGAAUUAUGGCUCAUUACAGAGUUCCAUGAAAAAGGCUCUCUUUGUGAUUUCUUGAAAGGAAACACAAUAACAUGGGCACAGCUAUGUCACAUUGGUUACACCAUGACUCGUGGUUUAGCAUACCUGCAUGAUGAAAUCCCAUCUCUAAAUCACAUGCAUUCUAAACCAGCUGUUGCUCAUAGAGAUUUCAAGAGCAAGAAUGUUCUACUGAAACAAGACCUCACAGCUUGUAUAGCUGAUUUUGGGUUGGCUCUAAAAUUUGAACCAGGGAAAGGAUUCAAUGAAACCCAUCCACAGGUGGGUACUAGACGUUAUAUGGCACCUGAAGUCUUAGAAGGGGCGAUUUGUUUCAACCGUGACUCAUUUCUUCGCAUUGAUAUGUAUGCAUGUGGACUAAUUAUAUGGGAGCUUAUGACAAGGUGUUCCUCAGCUGAUGGUCCCGUUGAUGACUAUCGACUACCCUUUGAAGCAGAAGUAGGUCUACAACCAACAUUAGAGGAAAUGCAAACUUUGGUAGUGACUCGUAAAGAAAGACCGGCUCUUAAUCCAAUUUGGCAGAAGCAUCCGGGCCUGUACAGUCUCAUUUCUACAGUAGAAGAAUGCUGGGAUCAGGAUGCUGAAGCCAGACUGUCAGCAGGAUGUGUGCAUGAACGCAUCUGCCACCUGUCACGUACUGUCAAUUCAGGCAGCACAGGGUUACCUGUAGACCAUUCUACCACACCCCUCCUCACCCCUCUGCUCCAACACAUAAACACUUCUACAAACGUGCCUAACACUGCAAUUAUUGAUGUUGGCAGUGGAAGAGACACUCAGGCAUCCACAGCCCCGAAUUAUAAUUCUUGUUGAGGGUGGAGCAUACUCAUGUAGAUUGGUAUGAUUAAAUGUGCCAUCAUCCACUUGAUGGUGGUGAGGAGAAUCUUCCUUUCAAGCAAUCAAGUUAUAGAGGUGUUGAACUUUUCUGAAGGAACUCUUUUUCAUCUAUGGAGAAGAUAGUGGUUUUUUUUUUUACUUAUUAAAAUAGAGCUUGUCAUUGACAGUCUAUUUUGGGACAAGGCUAGAAACAAACAUGACCUCUUCAUUGUUGAAACUAUGAAAACAGUUGAUGCAAAAAAUGACAUGAUCACUUGCUGUUGAUAAUUUUGGAACUUUGUUGAUUUACUAAAGCAUUGUCUCAUGCUAACCUGUUGUUUUCUGACUUGUUGCUACACACAAUCAAGAUAGAAAUUUCUUCCAUUCAGUCGUCUGAUCAACUUUUUCAAAUAAAAUAUUUUUUCAUGUACAGUAGUUAGGAAAUUCGACCGAUUUAUUUUGUUCUAUAACCAAUGUGUAAAAAAACAGUUAUCAAUGCACUUUUAAGGUUUUAAAAUUUCCUUUUAGCCAAGAUUGUUUGGCAACUAACAUUUCAUCUAUGAAGCACCAAGGAAUCAAUUAGUGUAGGAAUAUCUAAUUUAAUGCAACAAAGGUAAUUCCACUGGAGGCCUUUCUUUUACUUCAGCAGCAAUUUUCUUUAUUUUAGUUGUGGUGUAAAUGUAAUGCUAGUCAUCAUUAGGAAGUUAUGUCCAGUUGAUGGCAAGAGCAGUUGCUUGUCUUUGCUGAAAAGUAAUGAUCUAGCUGACAGCAAGAAGAGUUGAUCAUCUCAGGGUCUUGAGAAUUUUUAUCUCAGGAUUGUUUCAUGUUGGUCUUGGAUUAUAUUUAAAAAAAAACGCUAACAAAUGCACCUCUUAAUUAACUAUUAAUAUAAAUGUCUAAUAGUUUAAAGUGAAACAAAAAAAACAUUUUGCUUAAGUUUUAUUGUAAACAAUACAUGCUAUGUAUCUGUAAUGUGAUUUAUUAAUUUGUAACUAGUUAUUAAUUUCCUAUCAUUAUUAGAUUUGUAAUGUAUUCAAUUAUUAACCUGGAGGAAAAAGUAGUCUUUUUAAAUUAUAAGCAAAGAAUGCAUGAUGUGUUUAAAUUAUGUCAUUAAGGAUCAAUAUUUUAACACAUAAAAACCUGUUUGAAUAAUUUUUAGUAAUAAUAGGGACUGCUAUGUAUUGUACAGAAUAUAAUGAAUGAGUAGUUGGUGUAAUUAUGUCUUUUUGCUAAAGCUAGCCCUAUCUCCUUCCUUCAGUGUGCUUGUGUGCCUGUUGUUGAAUUUGCUGAUUGCCAUUUCAUUGAUGGUGUGCUCAUGAAAUAAUUUUAUUUGAAAUCUUUUUUUACAUUAAUAUAAAAAGCUGAGUUUUCUAUAUCUUAACUAAGACCCUCCCCUUUUUAUGUACAAUCAGUGAUGAGCUUCAAUCCUAUUUUGUAGUUAAAAGCAAAUAGUGUUAUUGAAACCAAAUAGUGAGUGAUGUUGUUAUGCAAACAUCUGCAACUAAAAAAAAACAACAAAAAAAUGGAUAAAACUACCUCAUUAUUUGUGCUUGCAUUCAUUAUGUUUUUAUACUAUUGAUGUAACUAAAUGCUUUUAUUCAAACAACUUGUUGGUGUGUUGAUCUUUGGUUGUACCUUGCAAGAAUUGUCAUUGUAGAAUAUUGUACAUUUGUUUGAAAAAAAAAUUUCUGUUGAGCUUUACCCCAUUGGUUGUAUAAGAAAAUGUAAUAGGGCAGACUUAUUUUAUUUUGUUUAUAUCCCAUUAGUAGCUUUGACUUCCUUGCCCUUCCCCCAAAAAUACUUGUUGAAUGCUGCUCAUUGUAAACAUUUGAUAGUGUUCCACUAAUAGAUCCAUGACUGAGAAUGUUUUCAACAUGUUUAGAAAGUUGAGAAAUGUUGGAACAUUUUAUCAUGAAAGGUGUAUAAUUUAAUUUAGAUGACUGUGUGAAUUCCAUAUGUGGCUACACUGUCAUUGUUUCUACUGCCAGUGUAAAAAAUUAGUUUAUAUUCUUACCCAUGCCAGUGUUUUCAUCAUCUCAGUUAAGUGUCAAGUCAGUGGCUGCUGAAUAAUAACUUGUCUGUAGCUUGUUUACUUAUUAAGCAGAGCAUUGAGAACCAUUGGCUUGAACACACUUUUAUACCAUGUUAUGGUUAACUUGAGUGGUGAAAUGCUAGAGUGUUGUAUACAGUAUUGUGCCAGUGUAAUCCUAGCAUUUUGUUCUAGUUUAGAACCACAAGCUGUUUUUAUUCAUGUCAGUCCAUAAUGCAGUUUAGGUGCUGCAUUGAACAAAGCAACUUGAGAAGAUGAAUGUUUAACUGAUCACAGCUUUUUAAAACUUUUUAAAUGUAUUUGUUCUGUUGAUUUUAUAACCUAAUGUUUUGAAGUUCUGGAGUUAGUUUUAAAGAUACAAUUUAUAUCCACAAUUUUAUUUGAUUUUUAUCAGAGCUGAUCCCACUAACAUAACUUUUCUGGUUUUUACCCCAUACAAUUUCAGGAUUUUAUAUUUUAAAAUUAGAAGAAAAUGUGUUUGUUUUAUAAAGCAAAGAGGCUAAUUUAAUAAUCUGCUAAUAUGUAAUAACAGCAUAUAUCUCUGUAUGUUACAUUUUUAUUACACAUUUUUUACACUUUUUAAACAAACUCUCUCUUGCUCGUAAUUUCAGAAAAUUGUCGUUUAAAUAAAUGUAGAAAAUGAAAAAAAAAGUUUCCUGCUAAUCUAGUAUGAAAAUCUAUUUUUACGCAUGGACAACUAUGGUUGUGUUGCAAUUUUUAGUUUUUUUUGUUAGUAAUAAUUAUUUAAUUGCUAACCAACAAUUCUAUUAAAAUGAGUAUAUCAGUAAACUGUAGAAUUGGGAUAAUGGCUAUUUAGCAUGUCUCGUUUCUAAAGUCUGAUUAAGAAACUACAAGGUCUGUUUUCAAUUCCUAAAUAUUAAUAAAAAAAAUUUUAAAAAUUUAAUUGCAGUUUCCCACUGUUGGUUAAGGAAGUAAAAAUACCAGCUUUAAGAAAACUAACUUAAGUUAUGCCUAAAGAUGAAUAUUCCUUACCUUCUGUGUUGCAAAUGCAAAUGACUUUGCUCAUUGGCAUCUUAAUUUGUGGAUGUUCUUUGUGUGACCAUUUCUAUUGAGAUAUUGUGUGAGGAGUUGGCACCAUAUCAAAUGUCAUGUGACUUUGAUGGAUGUUGUAUAAAAGUAUGUCACCCCUGUAACAGUGUUUUUGUUAGACUGUAAAUAGAAAUGUAAUUAUGUACAAUGUGUAAACAUGAUUUUUAAAACAUC